AUGGCCGUCGAACACGGUUUUGUACUCGACCCAUCGCUCAAACACAUCGGCCAGCUUGCUCAGUUUGGGCAGGCUGCAGCGGGCGACCGCACGUCUCACAUCACGACGUCCACUGUGAUAUCUGCCGAUUACUUUACAGACCAGACGGGGAGCACGGCCCUUACCUCGCCGUCCCUCGCGUCGCCGCCACUCGACCACAAACAACACUCUUACCACUCGUUGGCAGACAUCGAGAGCGCUCUCGAGACCCAGCCGCUCGGCCUCUCCCUGCCGCCGCUGGGUACGUUUGGAUACUCCAUGCCUCGACCAUCAAGUGCAGCGAGCUACCACAACCACAACAUUGAUUACGUCCCCAAGCAGGAACUGUCACGGCCAUUGCCAUUGCCCACACGAGUCCCCACACCUCCCGAUCAAGACUACAGUGCCGAAGACUACCGCGACGAUUCGCCACCCCCUGCUCCACCACGACGAGGGGACAGUGUGCUCUCCCGUGCGAGUGCUUUCGGAUCGACAGUGUCCCACGGCUCGACAUCGAGCAGGCAUUCGCUCAGCGUACCCCCGGGCGACCGCCCGCGGUCGGUGUCGCCCCGCCUCCGCCUUCCGCCGUCUCCACACAACUCACUCCCUCGCCACCGCCACCAACCUCACCACCACCCCCGUCCCCACAGCGCAUGCAGCGCAUCGCGUCUCCCACGAGCCCCUGCAGCGACCAUCUUCCAGCCCCAGACUCCGUCACCCCCGAUGCAUGGUGCUCGUCGGGUGCCGGUCCCCAUGACGGAGCCAACACGACCCCUCCGCCCUUCGUUGAACCAUCCACACCUGACCGUGCCUCAACCGUUGGCACGGUCAGGAUCAACACAACGCAUGAUUGCAAAGUGGGAGGUUGCCGCUCCUCCCCCUGUGCCUCCCCCACCCACCUCGACACCACCGAGACCACAGAGCGACAUGUUCUCGCGCUCUGGCUCGUCACCACACCAGAGUCCAAGACUCUCACGCGCAUACCUCGAGGACAAACCGCUUCCCAUCCCAAUGGCAACAGCCGUGCCUGCUACAGCUACCAUGCCAUGGCCACCGCCAAGUCACAGCAGGCCAUCGCCAGGCCUGUCCAUUCCGUCACCAUUGGCGGGAAGUACAUUGAUACAGCCCUCUGGCUCGCCUCCCUCCUGGUCUCCCGUGUCUCCAAGCCGUAAACGCAACUCUCAAUGGGAGUCGUCUCCGCUCGGAGUCGCUGCUUCACCGCGGGAGGAGAAGGAGCGCAAGUCGCCGUUCAAACGGUCACCUCUCAAGGGUAUCGCCAAUGUCUUUGGAGGUCUCCGUGGUAAAAACCACAAGGACAAGCCCACCAGCUGGAGCCCCGGUGCUGUUGGCGUCAAUGUCGACCGGCCACGACAGUUCAGGAACCUCGAUGACGAGGAUUCGGACUGGUUCUCCAAGCCUCGCCACAUUGGUGGUGGCCUUCCCGGGGGUAUCGUGUUGAGAGAUCGCAUGGGCGACGACGAGAUGGCCUCGUCCAUUACUGGCAAUGCCGUUCGCUCCUCUCCUGUGUUUUUCCUGGACCCCACUCCAUGCUCGUCCUCUGCACCGUGGGGCUCGUGGCUCGCGUCAUGGGCAACGCUACAGAAACAUGUCCUCACCGUCCACUACGCCUCCGUCUUCAACCGGGAUCCGCAGCUGUCCGCCAAUCUGCCGCCACUGCCGUACGCCGCCAUCCCGCCACCAGCCCCCGACGUGCCUGCAGACGUCGAGAUCUCGAUGAUAGGAUGCAUCGAGGCUCGUGCACUGCGCAAGGAGGAAGUCCGUGGCCGCGGCAUCCCACCUUUCCCGGCCGGCGUCGGCACUGAAGCCAUCGAGCUCGUGUUUGCCGAUGGAAAGAAGCGAUACCUCGGUGUCGAGGGCGUUGCCGGGCGUCUGGGGUGGGUCAGUGCCAUCUGGGACGUGCUCCUCGCCAACAAAGAGUCCCGGGCCGGCCUCGACCUGCCACCUCCCUCGCCGAGCCUCGCUUCGUUCCCCUUGAGCAGUGGGUCUCCCAAGAUGCAAAACUACGCCGAGCCACCUAUCCAGAAGUUUGGCGAUACAUGGGUCACGUCUGGUGAUCUCGUCGGCGAGUCGUCGACACUCCGCGGCGUGUCGAAGCGAUACCACGAUGGGCCGCUCCUGGGACGCUCGUUGCCCCCUACUCCAAACAUCGGACUGGGUCUCGGUGCCAUUGAGCAGCACCGAUCCGUCGACCUGUUGCCCCCCGACCAGCCACUGUUACGAGACAUCAGUAUCGACGAGGUCGCCCCACGAAGCAUGCUACCGUAUGAAGAUGACGUGCCAAUGCUGGCGUACGAUGGCAUUGAGCAGCCACCGCCCCUGGCAUACGAGGGAAUGGAAGAGCCAGUUAUGGACGUACUCGCAAACCUGGCGCCAGAGGUACCCACCGCCCCGCUCAAGGUCCACAACAAGCCCGACAUGCCUCCCCCACCGCCACCCAAACGCCCACGCAGUGAACUCAUUGAGGAGCGUCUCAAAGCAUGGAGCGACGACGGACCACCUGUUCAGCCCGCUUCGCGGGCUGUGGCCAACGUGUCAGCGUCUGCGGCUGUUACACCAGCCAGACGGUCACUUCCAACACCUGUCCCACAAACCGAACCGCCACCACAACGUCCAGACCCCUCCGGCCUGCGUGAUUCGCUGGCACAGAUGUUCGACGUUUCAGCCUCAACUUCGCGCGCAGAUCACGAUGCCGUGCCCAACCGAAUCCGGUCCAAGGUCAUGGAAGAGCGGAUUCGCGCGUGGCAGCCCAAGCCGAACGACACGCCGCCGCCACUCUCGCGUAACGCCUCGGUGAACGGCCAGAGCACGCUCAGCUUUGACUUGAAUGACUUGAACCCAUCGCGAUCUGCCUCGCAGGUGCGGAGGGCCGAGUCGGCAGUGGGUAAGGAUCACCAGGACGGAGCGGCUACGGAGAACCCCGUCGAGGUGCUCAAGGACGAGUCAGGCGCAGCAGGUGUCGGUGCUGCCGCAUUGCUCGGUCUAGGUAUUGUCAACGCUAGCCGCGACUUGGCCUCACCUGUUGAGGAAGCCACACCGGAUCCGAUUGCAAAGGACGAAGGCACGCCUCAGCGUUUUGGCCCACGCCCGCCUACCGGCACGACCCCAAAGAUUGCCGCUACAUCAAGUGCCGAGCCCGCUCCUGCGUACUCUACUGUCCCACAUUCCGCAUCUUCGACACCUCGUCUCAAGGGCCGAGUCCUCGCCGCUGCGGCCGUGUUUGAGCCGUCUAUCGUCGAGCGUGCUCUCCCCGCUGCGGACCGUACCACCAGCGCCGUAUCUUCUCCCAGGCGCCGAAAGGCCGUUCCCGCCGUCGGUUCUUUGGGUCUAUUUGAGGGCAAGUCGACCGUCUCGUCGUCCACGGUGUUGAAAACCCCGUCUGACGAGCUUAAAACUUACCUCAACUUGGCCCCAGCGGCUGCGGCUUCGUCUGAGGUUUUGAGGGCGCACGACACGCCCAAGAGCGAUAAGGCUCCCUCUGACGUCUCGAGGACGUUCAACAACCUGCCAAAGGCCGACAAGACCCCGACCGUCCUUUCGCGUGCAGCCGCCUUUGAAGGCAAGGGUCCCGGUGGCCCGCUCAAGAAGUCGGCUGCUGUCAGCCGCCACCUCUCUGCCGCGAGUAUGAGGGCCAGUGCGCUCUCGUCCGCCAAGAACAGCACCACGUCUAAGCGCAGCGCCCUCCAGCCCCGCAGUCUGGUCGUUGUCAACACCACCCCUCCAUCCGGUACCGCUAGCCGGACUCUCAUUGAGCCCCCAUCACCCGUCACUCGCUCGACGCCGCUGAGCAGUCUUGGGUCCCAGGAGGUGGCUGCGUCGCAGGAGCUUGUGGUCAUGAACAACGUUGCUCCUCCCAACGAUGAGGCAAAGCGGGUGGACAGCAUCCAGGCGCACGAAGGUUCUAUCUCGGACGCGAGUUCCGCCUCGAGCCAGAUCGCCACCCCGUCCGAACUCGGGUGGAGGUCGAUGACUGGCGCGAGUGUCUUGCUCGAUAUGACGAGGACGGCCUCGCCUCAUCUUACCGAGUACCAGUCCGAGUACCAUGGAUCCGCCCUCGAGGAUGUCCCCAAGGAAGAGGACCACGACAUGACCCGUGGCGGCGAGGCGGCUCAGUACUACGACAGCGAGCUUCCCACCACCACGGCCCAGGAUCCCGCCGUCCUCACCAAGCUCGACCGCCACAGCCACGAACACGUCAUCCUUUCGCAGCAGGUCGAGGAGGUCCGUAGCACCGUCACCAAGGCCGUUGCUGGCGUCGACGCUCUGUCGCUCCUCAUGGAGAAGAACGGCGCCGACAUGGGACCCGCCCUGUCUGAACGCCUCGAUGUGCUCGACUCGGACAUGCGCGGCGUGCAUACCGCCAUCGAGGCCAUUCCCGCUGCCAUUCCUGGAAUGGCUCCCGAGCUCGCAGAGCGGCUCGAUGCCCUUGGUGUCGAUGUCCGUGGCGUGCAUGAGGCUGUCCAGGCCCUUGCCGCCGUGCAGGGCGUUUCGGCGGACCAAGCUCCGGCGGACCCUGCAGCCGAAGGAGAGGUUGCAGCCGAGUCUGCUGGACCCGCCGAGGCUGGACCCGCCGAGCCCGCUGCCGCCCCAGAGCCUGAACUGCCCGAGAUCCACCACAAGCUCGACGCUAUCGCCGUCCUCAUCCAGGAGGUCCUCUCGCGGCAAGCCGAUCUCGCGCAGGCGACGGCCGCCAUCGGUGCUGCCGGCACCGCGGCGUAUGUGAUGAGUGCCGAGCCGGAGAAGAUGGUCGACACGGUCGCGGAGGAGGCCAAGGCCAAGGACGCGGCCAAGGACGAGCCCAAGGCUGCUGCGAAGGAUGGUGGCGCGCCUGCCCCUCCUGCCAAGGACGAGGGCAAAGGCAAAGCCGAGCCGAAGGACGCACCCAAGGACGCACCCAAGGCCGAACCGAAGGCUGACGCUGCCCCGGAGAGUGGCGGCGGCGACAAGGGUGGCGAAGCCGCCCCGGCACCAGCUGAGCUCGCUACCGCGGCGCAGCUGGGCGAGGUCCAUGGCGCGAUCAAGCAGCUCGAGGAGGCACGCAGCGUCCAAACUCAGCAGACGGCAGACAUUGCGCGAUACCUUGCCGACCUGAACGGGUGGCUCGAAAAGUUUGUCACGAACUCGGGCUCGGAGUUGGAGAAGAUGUCCAACAAGAUCAACAACCUCCUGGGCGAUCCAGAGGAGGAGGGCGGCGCACACACCGGCUUUGUGGCGGACAUGCACCGCAUGCUGGCCGAACAGGGCGAACAGGCCAACGCCCAGGCCGUGCAGGGCCAGCGCCUCGACGGCCUCCUGUCCAUCAUGGGCCAGGACCGCGAGCGCCACGAAGCGCAGGCGGCGCUCCUCGACCACGCGUUGCCCACCAUGCAGAAGCAGCAGGACGACACACAGCACAUGUUGACGGGCAUGGCGAUCGACCUCGCCAACGAGAUCAAGGGCGAGCGCGUGCGAUUCAUUGAUUCCAUGCGCGAGGCGACGACCAUGGACCUCGGACGGCAGGUGGACGAGUUCAAAAAGGUCCUCAGCUCGGAAGUCUCCCGCUCCAUCAACGAGCUCGGCAAGAUGCGCGAAGAGAAGAAGGCCCUCGAACACCAGAUUGCCGACCUGUUCGCACUCAAGGUCAAGCAUGGAGACAAUGCGUCGUCCAGCCCAAAGCUCGAUGAUGGCGAAGCCGCCAAGCCGCCGCCUCCGUCGCCGGCGCCGAGCGCCCGCCCGCUUCCAGCUGCACCACACUAG